AAGCUGAGCAAAAUACUAACCCAAAAACUCCCCUUCCAAUGUGGCUCUGCCUCCAGGUGAGCCGGUGAUGUCACAGCCGGCCAGGUGAGCAGAGUCCGGGUUGGCACAGGGAGCCGUCACCGCGCUGAUUUCUAGAGGAAGACGUACACACAGGCACCGGGGGAGUCGGCAGCGUACUCAGCAUGGUCGCCGCCCGCGGCGCUAGUCCCCUGGCCACGGCGGUUCUGGCUGCUCUCUCGCUGUGGCUAGGCCUAGCUGUGCCGGCAGGGGUGGAGGCAGUACCGGAGCCUGGUAUCUGGACAGCGACGGUCUCCAGUGGCUCAAUACCUGUUUACUUCAAAAAGAUAUUAUUUAACCAUACAAACAUACAACUGAAACUUGAAAAAUUUGAUUGUCCGAAGCCAGUGAAGAUCACUGUGGCAUGGUAUCUGAAAUAUAACCAGUGUUACAAUAAGUUUUCCACCGUAGAAGAUCUGCCAAGGAAAACUGAGGUGCGCGAUUUUGUCUUCAAGAAUGACGGAGCCAUGGAAACUAUAGAUUGUGAUAAAGACAGCCAUUCAAUCACUUUGCAUAAUAAAAAGUUGGAACAGACUUUUGCAAAUCAGUCUAAGAAUCCAUCAUCCAGUGCAAAGUUUCAUGAUGUUGUGGCUCAGACUCAACAAGAUGGGCCUUUCGUCUUUGUGGUCUCUUUAACAUCUGAUGGGGAUGCAAAAUGGAGUUUAACAGUUUCUACAUCAAUGGAAGGUCCCCAUGGGUAUAUCUCUGCGUCAGAAUGGCCAUUAAUGAUUUUUUAUAUGGUGAUGUGCAUAAUGUACAUUGUGCUUGGUCUAAUGUGGUUUGUCUGGUCUGCCUGCUAUUGGAAGGACUUGCUAAGGAUACAGUUUUGGAUUGCUGCUGUUAUUUUCCUAGGAAUGCUGGAAAAAGCAGUGUUCUAUGCUGAAUAUCAAAAUACCAACAGCACUGGAGUGUCAUCACCCGGUCUGCUGGUAUUUGCAGAGUUAGUUUCCUCUGUAAAAAGAACACUGGCUCGACUGCUAGUGACCAUUGUCAGCUUGGGAUAUGGUAUAGUGAAGCCACGCUUAGGGGCUGUCAUGCAUCGUGUGGUUGGAAUGGGUGUUCUGUAUCUGGCAUUUGCUACAGUUGAAGGCGUAAUGAGAGUUAUUGGGUCAAAGGAAUCUGAUCUAGUCUUGCUGGCCAGUAUCCCGCUCGCCCUACUGGAUUCAGCCUUGUGCUGGUGGAUAUUUGUGAGUUUGGCACAAACAAUGAAGACACUAAAGUUAAGAAGGAAUACCGUGAAAUAUUCAUUAUAUAGACACUUUACCAAUACAUUGGUUUUUGCUAUAUUAGCUUCUGUUAUAUUUAUGGCAUGGACAACUAAAAAAUUCAGAUUGGCACAAUGUCAGUCGGAUUGGAUGGAACUCUGGGUGGAUGAUGCUUUCUGGAGGUUCCUGUUCUCUGUUAUCUUGCUAGUUAUCAUGUUUCUAUGGAGACCAUCUGCAAACAACCAAAGGUAUGCAUUCACUCCGCUCAUGGAUGAUUCAGAUGAUGAAGUGGAAGAGUUCCUGGUAACAGAUCACUUAGCUGAAGGUAUGAAACUAAGGGGAACAAGGGCAGAGCCCAAUGGAACGGCUAAACCUACUGCCUCUAGUACAGAUGAAGACUUAAAAUGGGUGGAAGAAAAUAUCCCAUCUUCAUUUGCUGACGUUGCGCUUCCAGUAUUAUUGGACUCUGACGAGGAGAUUAUGAUGACUAAAUAUGAAAUGUCUAAAACAGAGUGAUGACUGCACGGACUGUUCCUAAUCCAUGAACUGUGAACCGCUUCACCACGAGGCCAGCGUUGGUUUAGGCUGCUUCAGUCUUGAAUUGCAUAAAGAAUAAACUAAUGAUUGGUGUGUUAAUACUGUUCAGUCAUAAGAGACAUUUGUCAUUCUUACAGCUAAGAGUCCUGAUCUGUGAGAGGAUUGCUUACAGAAGGCUGGUAUUAUGACUCCAUAUGUGAAUUUUAAGUUGUUUGUUUCAAUUUUUAUUUUAUUUUUUGGUUUCUACUAUUUAAGCAAACGUAAUGACAUUUAACACCAUUUCAUACGCUUUAUGUGAGCAAUCUUAGAACAUCCAGUCUUCAGCCACACCAGCGUCUGAGAGACAUUCUGAAACAGCUGGUUUGCUACUGGAUGCCCAUUUCCAUCCUUCACACUGACAGAAAAUGUAUGUUUUAUUUCCAUGGAUAUUGCUGUAUUUGAUAUAUGCAUAUUGCAGGAUUUACUUGCACAUGCCUUGCAUGAUAUACAGUCAGAAAUAGACUCCACAUGAUCAAGAUGCAACAAUAUUUAUAGUGUCUUUCCAUUCUGCAAUAGUUAUGCAAUUUGACUAAUCCUUUUUUAUUUGCGUAUAUCUUAUUUUGUUAUUCAGUCUAAAGUCUUUGCCUUAUAAAGAAGCACAUUCCGGGCACACAGCAAAGGUUUUGCAGCUGAAGACUGUGGAAGCACCUUUCUGUAAUAUGCAUACAUUUUGGUGAUGCACAUUGUGUGUUUAGAAUUCUGCACAGAUGUCUAUGUAUAUAGUUUGUUAGAAAAUAUAUAAGCCCAUGGUAAAAACUGAUUUCCCUGUUUUUUUAACUUUUGCUUCUGCUGUCUUAUGUAAGAGGAUCCAGGUUUUUUUUUAUUAAAUAAAGUUUAGAGAAUAAAAUAAGUCACCAGUUGCAAGAAGAAAAUGAUGCACACAUUCCCCCGUGCACUGUUUGCUUUGGUAACAUGCGGUAUUAACGGCUGCUUUUACUAUUUGAAAAGUAAAAAUGAUGUUUAGGCAGAUUUUUUUCUCUCCACAAAACGCAGAUAUAGUGCAUGUAAUAUUUGCAAGGAAAAAUGGAACUUACAUAGAUGGUAUUAUUUCCAAAAAGCUUCUAUUAAAUCUAGAGAUUUAUAUUUCAGCUAAUGUGUAUCUAAAUUCAUAAACGUUCAAGCUUCCAUACAGUAGUGACAUGUAGCGUGAGAACUGUAUACCUCACUCUACGUGUCAUCCUCCCAAUUUCUGUGCAACCGGAAAAAAGGAACUUUAGUGACUAGCAACUUCCAAUGUACAGUACUUGGCAGUUUUGUAAAUUUGUGGCUUUAGCAUGAUUGGUAGGCAUUACUGUGUGGUGCAAUACUUGGCUGGUUAUUUUGGUUUCAAUAAAUGGUAUUGAAAUAACAUUAAAUGGUGUUGAAAGUUCCUGAUACUAUGUGUCCCCGGUUGCUGCAAUGAUUUUUGUACUUUCUCGCUCUAUAGUGAAAGUACGUAAACGCUUUAGUUUGUGCGGCCUUCUUUUUUUUUUUCCCCUUUUGUUUUUCCAACUGCUAUGGGCAACAUCUACUUAAAUACAUGCUGGCAGGCUGGAUCCUGUAGUAUGUAACAUACAGAGGUAAUGAUGGUCCUCUAACAGUAGAGGACACAAACAGCCAUUGAUCUGUUCUGAACUACAAGAGAACAUGAUUAGUAUGUUUUACUUCAGUAAUCUAAAACCAAAACUCAUUGCGUAUGUUUUUUCCCUUGCCUGUUUAAUUUAUAAUAUGUUUGUUAAUUGCGCUAAUAUGUUUGAACAAAUUAUUAAUUCAUUGAGGAAUUGGUUUAAUAAGCCUUUAUUACACACUAAAGAGACCAUCCGUUCUUUACUUUUACCUGCACUAUGUCCAUGGAAGUAACCAAAUUGUUUUAUGUUGUUAAAUAUUGUUUAUUUAAACCAAUUUAAAAUUCUUUUUUAUACAGUUAUUUUUGUUUUAAUUGGUGUGAGUGAAGGGUAUGUUAAUUGUGAAGGAAUUUCUUUACUUGAAACAUAGGUCUGCGUUUCUGUGCCUUAAAAAUUGUUCUGAGUUUGAAUAAAACUAUGUUUCUAAGGUU